AUGGAAGCAUUGUGGAACUUGGAAGACAGAUGGAAACUGUCGACCCGAGAAGCCUUCUUGCUGUUUGGGUGCACUGCUGUUGCUGUGGUGGGGCUUGGAGUUGUUGCAGCAUUCCUCAGGAAAGCAAGAAAAAAGCAAGUGCAGGUCAUCAAUGUGAGCCAAGAACCUAAUGUGAGUCACCCUUUCCAUGGAGAAUGGCCGGGGCCAAGCUGCGGGUGGCUUGCAAUCAAGAGGGUGUUGAUGGGUUUGCUGAGGUGGAGCAGAGGGAGCAAGUGGGGGGAGAGGAAUGUAGGGGCUUGGGGGGAGAGGCUGCUGCCGCCGCUGAUGCUGCUUGCAUUGGAAGGUGAUGUUGUGGGGUGGCAGAGCCACAACUCGGAGUCGCCCGUGUGGCACAGGCCGAUACUGAUGAGGAAGAAGUGUGAGCUCCCGAGGUUUAGCGGGCUUAUUCUGUCCAAUGAGCGAGGUCAGCCCCUUAGUGGUUCGUCAGAGGAUGCUAGUACAAACCAGGUCGUCAUCCUCUGCUUCUUUUCUUGUUCCUUUCCUUUUUUAUCAGAUAUUAGAGAUAGAAUCACUUGA